CAUGUGUAUCGCCCUGCUUACGACUGCGCAUCCCGAAUAUCCGUUCAUUCUGCUGAACAACCGCGAUGUGAUUAUGCUCAGCACCAUUCUGGCCAUGUCUGUGUAUGGCACAAAGUCACGAGGGGGCCUACCCAAAGCUUUCUUAACUUUACCUCCGCAAAAUACGCAGUCUUCGAAUGAGUUUGCACGAUACAUGGUCGAAGAUGUCGGCGUAAGUGAUGUUGGCGGCUUCAGCCUCGUCUUUGGUAAAUUGAGUAAGAAGAACAUCUGUGCGAAGAAUGGAGAAGGGCUUGCGAUCAUCUCGAACCGUACCGAGGAUGCAUCAGCUACCACUUGGAUUUGUGGUAAGCCUGGUGAAAUCCGAGGCCUCAGCAACUCGCACUUUGGUGAUAGGACGUGGCCGAAAGUCGUUCAAGGAGAGAAGCAACUGCAGAACACAAUCCAGGAACACGCUGCGGCAGGCUCAAGCAAAGAAGAUCUGCUCAGAUCCUUUUUCGAGAUACUGAGCAUGGACACUUUGCCUCGUCGCAAGCAUGGCCAAGAUUGGGAGACAUACGUCUAUCAACUCCGUAAUAGCAUCUUCAUUCCACGCAUUGGAGGAGAAGAUCUGGAGGAUUCUUCAGCCGAUGAGAUCGCUGCAGCUGAUGAAGGUCUCACUGCGAAGACCGACAACGGAGUCUACGGUACCCAGAAGCAAACAGUCGUCCUUGUUGAUCAUGAUGGAAAAGUCACGUAUGUUGAAAAAACACUAUACGAUGAAGGUGGUCACCCAACAGACAACGACGUUCAGAAAUACGAGUUCGAGAUUGAAGGAUGGAACGAU